AAAGAAAGAGGAGAAGCUCUCCAGUAAAGGAAAAAGUGAGUGUCAAGUACGAAUCCAUGUUGAGCAAUCAAGAACCACAUAUGCACACAGUCAAUGUUUUUAUGUCUGAUUAAGCGCUUUUUUGCACUUUGUUCAGUAAGCUGAACAAGACAACAACUACAAUUAAAGAAGCUAAAAGAUCCCUUGAAGCGUAAACAACCCUCAUUUACCUACUUAAUAUGCAAACGGGAGGAGAGCUGCUUUACGAGAAGAUAACAAGAGCUUUUUGGAGAUGGCAAGGAAGAACAAGGAGAUAUACAUGAAAUGGAAGGAUAUAAAAUUGAUCUUGACUCCAGCAGAGUGCACCAUUCUUAAGUACUAUCUGAAUCUAGCCUCUUCGUUUAUCCUUUCAAAAUCAAUCCUCCCGGGAGCUCAAUCUUACCCUCAGUCCCUCACCGUAACUUCUCAGAGGAAUUUGCUUUACUUGAUCGCUAUUUCGGAACGAAAAGAACUAAGUAUCAGAGCUAACUCGCCAGCUUCCAAUCCCGGGAAGAAACCCAGUUCACGCGUCGUGGGAAUACAAUACACAGAACAGAAGAAAGAUGCACCUGAGAGUAAAAAUAAAAAUAUUCUCUGA